UCGAAGAGUGGAUCGAGUGAACUGGAUAAUUAACAGAUUGGCAGGUUAGCACAUGCUCUGUACACGAUGGAAUCUAGCGACCAGCAAAUUACUUGGAAGAUUAUCCCGAAUACUGUUCAAAGCAGGAUGAAAGAUCGUUCUUUCGUACAUAAAUUGAUACCAUCCAGAAAAUUACGGCGUACGAAUAAAGUUAUGAAUGCCAAGAUGAAACGACACGGCAGAAUAAACACCUACAGCGAAUACGUUAUUAUGAAGACGUCGGUCCUUAGAGAUUUAUCAGACAAUACCGAUACCGAUAAUAGUGAUAAUUUUACAGACGACGACUUUACGCUAGUAUAUAAAUCAGAGACGUCUUUAACAAAUUAUCUAAUGGAAACAAGCAGAUAUAAAUACUCUCUUGUAAAAGAGAGUAAACCUGAUGACACUGAUUUAAAUGAUCAAGAAAUAUCGAAGAGUGAACCACGAUCAGAUAAUACAAAUUUAGAAUGGAGGAAGAUUAAGAGGAAGAGAACUGACUUGUCUAUAGGUAAGGAAACGAUAAAGGAUGCGAGCUGUGCCAAAGUAGACAAGGACUAUGGAAAGAUUGGCAUCGAUGUACUGGAUAAUCAUAAAUUGUCUUUAAAUAAAUCUAUGGAAAAUGCUCUAACUAAAAAAAAAAGUAUUUCUAUGAAAGAGAGAGCUGUAGAAUUGCCUACCAAAGUUAUAAGCUCGAACGCAGUUGCAUUCCAUACAACUACAGUUCAGAAAACUGAAACCAAUUCUCAACUAGAGAAUCAUGGAGAAUCAGAGCCAAAUGUAGACCAUAAUAGUUGUUUAGGAAAUAAUUCAAGUGUUAUAGACAAAAAGAAGGACCAAGUUCUUAAAGUUCAGACUUUCGAUACCUGUAGUAAAUAUCAACCGAAAGAUUCAGGUAUCGAGGAGGACGCUGAAGAAGAAUGUUUGCUGCAAAGUAAAAAGCAUUAUAAAAAAUGUAAAAGUGAGUCUCUACAGAAAAAGCGUAGCAUUACAAAAUGUACGGAUGAUAUGACAUACCCUGACGAUUUAAAAUCAGAGAGUUCUAAUGUGCUAACCACAGAUUCUGAGGAUAGAGUUCUGUGCGGCAGUAAAGACGUAAUGAGGACUGAAUCAAGUACGGAAGAAACACAGAAACGUAAAUUAAUGCCUAAAGUUAUUCAUACAGAGAUUGUUAAUAAAGAUUAUAAGAUCGUACUUGAUACACCCUCAACUAUGAAAAGUCUGAAAUCGGAAGUACUGAAUGCGACAAACUCUUACGAUGGACAAAUACAUGAGACGGAAGAAUUAGAAUGUGACACGGAGGAUCAUAUUUCUAUUUCCACCAAGAAACGGUUGCAACAAUUAAAACGAUUAAAUUUGACCACGGAUACUGAUUCCAGCUCCAGUGAAAAUGACGAGACAUACUCCAACAACUUUGAGAGCAUGAGAAGUAAAUUAUUUAAUAGAACUUUGAACUCUUCUGAUUCAUCCGCGAGCGAAAGCGAUACUAUAAGCUUUAAACGUAAAAUAUCAACAGUAAAAAGGAACGAAAGACUAAGUCAGAGUGACAAUGUUUCCCAACAGUCCGAUGACUGUUUGAAUAACGAGAAUAAUAGUUUAAAACGAUACGUCGACCGAUGUUCUGUUUUUCCUUUUAAAAAACAUAAAAGGAAAACGAGCAAUUCCAAUCCUGUAUCAACUUGUAAUUCUGAUCAGGAGGAAAUUGUGAAAGUAACUGAAACAAAUUUGGAAAAUCAGACCGUAGAGCAAAUUGUGAAUGAGGAACCAGUGCUGCAGAGACCACACGAUUUACAGGAGUUCAUAGAAAACGAGAAUUUAAAGCUACAAAUACCGGUACCUUCCUUCAGGUUUAAAGAUAUAGGAGAGGACGACAUUUUUAUUGUGGAUAUUCCUUCUGCGGUACUCGAAAAGCAAUUAGUGGGGAAACGAAUGGUUCUAACAGAGAAUAAAUUGAAAUUUGGUAAACGCAAGUAUCGCAUGGAGUGUAAGGAUACAGGCAAUCUAUCUUGCGUCGUUGCUACUGGGAAAUCUCGUAAACCUUACAAAGCAGUGAACAUCAAACCAAUGAAGAGGAUUGUUGUGAGAGAGAGACUCAGGUGAAACGUAUCUACGUUAUUUGCACUUGAGUGCAAUCAAAACCUUACUGAUGGACAAUGCAUAUAUUCCAAUCAUUACUUAACUCUAAACAAACCGAUGAAUAAGUUUAUUUUAUAUAAACUACUGUAAAUAAUAGAUUUUUCAAUUUAGCGUUUUAAGUCGUACAAAUAAUGUUACACAAAAUAUGGGGUUUAAUAUUUUUAUUAAAUCAAAUAAAUGAACUGAGACCUAAG